GGAGGAGGAGAGGAGGAAGAUUAUUGACAGCCGCUGGUAUCUUCCCAGAGUCCUUCGCCUUCGGUCAGACGCGAACAGCCGACAUGGUGCAGGCUCUCGCGAAGGGGAGGCAGCACGACAGCACCUCCAGCGUACGACCUCUGGCUGCCGCCAUCAAGAGGCAUGGCGGCGCGCACCAGUGGGCCGCAGCCCUCGCGCUCCUCCGAGAGGCCCUGCGGCCGUGCCUGCGAGUCUGCGCCGUCCUCUGCACGGUCGCCAUGGGCGCCUGCGGGAGGGGCAGGCAGUGGCAGCAGGCGCUGCCGCUGCUGGGAGAGAUGUGCAGCGCCCGCGUGGAGCCGGACACCACAGCUACAACGUCGGAGCCAGCGCCUGCGAGAAGGGCAGGCAGUGGCAGCGGGCGCUGUCGCUGCUGGGCAGGCUGCGGGAUCGUGGCACGCCCGAUGCCGACGCCGUCAGCUACAACACGGGGAUGAGCUCGUGUGUCAAGGGCGGGCAGUGGAGCCUGGCGUUGUCGCUGCUGGGCGAGCUGCUCGAGGCGCAGCUGAGGCCUACCAUUUCAGCUACAACGCCGGGAUCAGUGCGUGCGAGAGGGGCGCGCAGUCUCAGCAGGCGUUGUCUCUGUUGGGUGAGCUUUGGGAUGCGGCGCUGGUGCCAGACAUUGUGAGCUACGGUGCCGCGAUCAGUGCGUGCGAGAAGGGCGGCGAGUGGGAACAGGCGUUGGCGUUGCUGACUCGGCUGAUGGGGUCGAGGCUGGAGCCGAGCGUGAUCAGCUGCAAUGCCGCAGUUAGCGCGUGCGCGCGCUGUGGGCGGUGGGUGCAGGCCCUGUCGCUGCUGGGCGAGACGCGAGAAUUACGGUUGGAGCUGGAUGUCAAGUUACAACGGUGGGAUCAGCGCGUGUGACAAAGGUGGGCAGUGGCAGUGGUCUUUGUCGCUUUUGAGUGAGAUGUUGGAGUUGGAGAUGGAGCGGACAGUCAUUAGCUACAACGCCGCGGUCAGUGCGUGCGGAAGAAGUGGACAGUGGCAGCAUGGCUUCUUGCUGCUGAGCGAGAUGCAGGAGGCCGAGAUGAAGCCUGACCUCAUUAGCUACAAUGCUGGAAUCAGCGCAUGCGAAAGAGUUGGGCAGUGGUGCCACGCAUUAUCGCUGUUACGUGCUUUACAUGCGGUGAAUAUUGAGCUGGAUGAUAUCAGCUACAAUGCUGCAAUCAAUGCGUGUACGAACGGCGGGCAAUGGGAGCACGCACUGUCUUUGUUGAGAGAUUUGCGGCAUGCGAAUUUAACGUCGACAAUCAUAAGUUACAGUAUUGGAGUUGGCGCUUGCGAGAAAGGCGGACAAUGGCAGCAGUUGUUGUCGUUGUUGGCCGAAAUGCGGGAGCGGAGGCUUGAUCCCGGCGUCACCAGCUACAUAUCUGGAGCCAGCGCUUGCCUGAAGUGCACUCUGUGGUCGCAGGCGUUGUCCUUGUUGAAGACUCGUUGGGACCUGCAUGCCGAUCCCGAUGUUGUGAGCUGCAAUGUUGGAAUCAGCGCGUGUGAGAAAGGUGGGCAGUGGCAGUCUGCACUGUCCAUGCUGAGGGAGUUGUGGGCGGCGAUGUUGGAGCCAACUACCGUGAGCUACAAUGCCGGUAUCAGUGCGUGCGAGAAAGGCGGGCAGUGGCAGCAGGCUUUGUCAUUGAUAGCUGAGUUGUGUAAAAUACAGCUCGAGCAGGAUAUCACCAGCUAUAAUGCUGGGAUCAGCGCGUGCGAGAAAGGAGGGCAGUGGCAAAAGGCUUUGGCACUCCUAAGCGAACUGAGGGAGGUGAAUAUACAGGCCGCAGUCAUCAGCUACAACGCUGCAGUGAGCGCAUGUGCGAGCUGCAGGCAGUGGCAGCACGCGCUGUUUUUAUUUUAUGAGUUCCCCGCAACGAGAGUUGAGCCAGAUGUUGUCAGCUACAGUGCUGGAGUCAGUGCGUGCGAGAAAGCUGGACAGUGGGGGCAUGCACUGUCGCUUUUGUUCAUCGGACCGGGAUGCUUGAGGCGACGCUGGAGGCAGACACCAUUUGCUACAACUCCGGAAUCAGUGCGUGCGAGAAGGGUGGUCAGUGGCAGCAGGCUUUGUUGCUGCUUGAGGGGAUGCUCGGAUUAGCGAUGGAGCCAGACGCGGUCAGCUACAAUGCUGCCGUUGCCGCGUGCGAGAAAUGCGGGCAAUGGCAGCAUGCAUUGCUGUUACUGCGUGAGUCGUGGGGGCGAGAUUUGGAGUCUGACAUCAUUGGCCUCGGGUCUGGAAUUAGCGCCUGUGAGGAGAUGGGGCAGUGGCAGCAUGUGCUGACAAUGCUCAGCGACCUGGAGCAGAGAGUGGGACGUUGAGUCGAACGAGACGUCACCAGUCGUGGGGCUGCUGCUUGUGCUGUAGUCAAGUUGACUACAGGGUGUUGUACAUCUCGUCUCCUGCGACGAUGUGCGGCUCUCUUUGGUUGGCGGUCCACCGAUCGAGUCGAUCUGAAAUUGAAGAUUUCCUGUUCGAUAAAAUCAGCUUCGCGCUCCUCGAUUUCCUUCUCCCGCUCCUUCGCGCAGCCGCGCGCAUUCUCCGCUGGGCUGCGGCGGAGGCAGGAGGAGGUAGAGGCGACACGCGCGGUGCACCAAUUCUUGCCUC